CUCUUAUGUUUCCGGCUUACAGUCUCUGACGCACUCCUGAUUGACAGCUGACGACGCAUUCGUGCUCUCAUAUAUCCUGCAGCGCAGUGGAAGCAAAUGGCGGCCGUUUCACAUUAGUGUCUCUCUCUUGUCCAUUUACCCACUGACCAUUUCAUGGUCUUGGCGUACGAGUCAUACUUGGUGUUGGCUGCGGGAGCAAACCAUUCCAGAAAGAAACUGCAGAGCGAUCCACACAAACACACAUCAUGCGAUUGAUCCGGCCAUUCAUGUCUCCCCAGCGCUCGAACAAAAACCUACCCGCUGUCUGGCAAUGCCGUCACGAAUGUCUUCUCGGGCAGCAGCUUCCCCAGCCAGUCGACAUUGAGCAGCACACCCAGCCCGCCCGCACUGCACCCCGAGAUGACGACGUCUGUGGCGCCGUUCAUCCCCUGGUUCUCAAGGAGGUCUUCAAAUAUGUCUACCAAGAGGCCAUGACCUGAUCGUCAACACACAAACUCCAUUCAGGCUGUCAAUGUGUUUCUGAUAAGUCUCAAUGUGUGUCGCACCUUUGAAGUAGAGGUCCACUGGUUGUCCAUCUUCUUUUGUGUAGACCACUUUGUCCUUCAGAUUUGAGCUGUAUGAGCUGCCAUCGCAGUACCAGAUCCACACCUGCACGCACACAAGACAAACACCCAUCAAUCCCUCUGCACGCUUCCUCUUAUGCCUCUUGGCCCAUCUUACGUAGUUCCAGUCGUGAAAGAGUGGGUUGGCCUUGGCAUCUCGGUUGAAGUAGGCACUACUUUCUUCCAUAUCGACGAGGUUCGGCGCCAGCCUGCUUGUGCCAUAGGGCGUGGUCGCACGCAGUGCACAGUGAUCGGUGACGAAUUUGGUGUCCUCGGACUGGUCCAGGGUGCACCAGCCACCUUGACAGAGACACCCAGAGGGAUUGCAAACACCGCGUCAUGAGGCAUGAAUGUCUGUAUUACCUCCCGAGAGGUGCACGAGCCACUUGUCGAUUGACCGCAUUGCUCCCUGGCUGAGGUGGUAGGCGGGGGGCGAGCCGUCCAGACAUGAACCGUGUUUGCCAGACGUCACAUGCCUGGAUGCAUCAACAACACAACACACCACAGACAGAUGCCAUCAAUGCACCUGCAAUGCGCCGACCCUCACUUGUUUCCGGAGGCCAUAGCAGCGAUAAUGAGCGUAGUCACGAGGAUGCCAAGCAUUGUGACCAGCAGCACGACGCUCGCAGCCGUGCUCAUCCAUGGCAGUGCCGGCCUCUCCUCCUUGACUGUGAUUCGUCUCGGCUCGGCGUCCGACUCAUCGGCCUCAACUUCCUUGGAAGAAUCUCUCCUCCCCGAACCUGAGCGAUACACGUGGUACGCCAACAUAAUCGCUGGCUCUUUCUCCGCUUGAGUUUGUGAAAAUAAUACGUCCGCUUGAG